AUGAGUGAUGACAUAGAAGAUCUUAAAAACAAGUAUGAAGAACUAACUCGCAAGUUGGCUGCCAAAAAGGAGAAAAGCCCUGCUGGGGAGCUUAUGUACAACACCGACCUGCCUUUCACUAAUCGAGUGUUGGGUUUCCCCUUGCCUGACAACUUCAAAAUGCCUCGUGUCAAGGAGUUUGACGGUAAUGGCAACCCUUCUGAAUAUAUGGGAAACAUCCGCGCUAAUUUUUCCCUUCUUAGAUUUUCGGACGAAAUUGCAUGCAGAAUCUUUCCCCUCACCUUAGAAGGAGUUGCUAAAGAUUGGUUCGCCAGAUUGCCAGCCAAGUCGGUGGAUAACUUCAAAGAACUCAGAUGCCUCUUCUUAAGCCAAUUCUUGGCAACCCGGAAGACGAAGAAGCACUCAGCUUGUUUGCUAUCUCUUCAUCAGGGAAUAGAAGAGAGUUUGAAUGAUUUCAUGCUCAGGUUUAAUAAAGAAAAGCUGUUGGUGGAGAACCAAGGUGAUCAAACAAUAUUAUCCGCAUUAUGGCACGGAGUCAGGCUAAAUGGGCCUCUGAUGGCCAAAGUAUCAAAGAGUUCGAUAGAGAUAGCUCUUUGCCAGUUUAUCAGUAAGACUGAGGAAUACAUCAAUCAAGAGGAAAUGAUUAAGGCUUUAACGAAAGGUCAGGAGGAAGAGGACCAAGAAAAGGAGGAAAGCAAGAAGGAGAUACCCGCAACGUCCACUCCGAAAGAAGGGAAAUUCCAAAAGAAAGUGGUGAAGAAGACCAUGCCAUCCUUCCCGAAGAUAGAGCCUCGGCGAUGUGAAGAUCGAAGGUUCACACCCUUGAAUGUUGGUGUCAACGAAGUAUUCAUGGAGAUUAGAAGGGACCCAGCUUUCAGGUGGCCAAGUAAGUUGUGGGGUGAUCUGAGGAAGCGAGACCGGACAAAGUUCUAUGAGUAUCAUAAUGAUCACGGGCAUUUGACAGAAGAUUGUAUAACUCUACGUCAGGCAAUCGAAACCUUCAUUAGAAAUGGAAGGCUAGUGAGGUUCCUUGGAGGAGAAAGGAAUCGAGAUGUGGUUCACCAACAACCCCUUCUAUUGGAUGCAAACCGAGGCGCAGGAGGAGGAAUAGCUGGUGGAGGACAAUCCAACUCAGCCAAAAAGGCUUAUGCGAGAAAAACACAGACUGAAGAGGUCCUUACAGUGCAAAGACCUUCUAAGGUUCCGAGGAAGGAUUCAAUGACUCUUUCUUUUUCUGAGGAGGAUGCUAGGGGGGUAAUGCAGCCGCAUGACGAUCCACUAGUAGUAAUAGUGACAAUGGCCAACCAUAUGAUCCAUCAAAUUUUGGUGGACAAUGGAAGUUCGGCCGAUGUCCUGUAUUGGCCGGUCUUCAAGCAAAUGGGUAUUGGUCGUGACAAGAUCGAACCAUUUAAUUCUCCCUUGGUCGGAUUUGCAGGGGAGCAAGUCUAG